CGGUCUUCUCCCAGAAGUCACUGCCUCUAGUGAUCCCUCCCUAGAGUACCUCAGACUCUCGUCUUAGGCUGUGACGCCUUCUGUGUGCCUAGUCACCCUCCAAUCUCCAGGUUCCCCUGGCCACCUCCCCUACCAGUUAUCCCGUUAUCCCGUUAUCGAGACACGUCCGAACCGCGUUGCACUUUCGCGAUGGCCAUCCACCCUAGUUUCCCAUCUGAAGUGGACCCGAGAGGAAACCUCUCGCCACAGCAGGCUCGAGCCAUCUCGGCUUGGACUGAACAGGCGGCUGCAUCCUUGGAGAAUCUGACUCUCUCGGAGUCAGUGCCGAUUGGCGACCAGAAUGUCUCUUUUUCGCAGUCCACUCCUACGCGCACCGCCUUGCGCGGAGCGACGGUCUCGCUAUCGAUUCCCUUGGAUGAUCCUGUGCCGACAACCGAAAGCCCUUCCGCAUCCAAGGUCAAGCUUCUAGGCCAGCCCGCAAAGGAGACGCAGGUGGCAUCGGUAACCUUCCGGCGUCGCGAGCUGAUGCGCCGCGAUAGCCUAAAGCGACGGGAGGCUUUAUUGAAGGGUAAAGACGGUAGUCGUCGCAGGCAGCGUUGGGAGAAUGAUCGUCUCCUGCAUAAUCCGUGGGUCGAGCCGCCUUCUUCCAAGGACUGGGACAUCCAGGCAACCCAUACUCGUCACGACCCCAUGCCUUACUACCUCGCUCCGCUCUGGGAUACUCACUAUGCCCACCUGGACCAUAGUUCGUCGAAGCAGACGACAGAGAGGACCGAGAAACACCGCGUUCCUAAGGAGCUCCGCCAGAAAUUAAAGCACGCACGUGCUGCACGCGGCAUACUUCAGGAUAUAGAAGAAGAUAUCAGACACUUCAUCCAGCGAUGGAACGAGAAGCAGCUCUUGCUAAAGCAAGAGGGUCUGGCGGACGCUCCUCAAUCAUCCGACGAUGAUUCCGAGGAUGAGGUAGUGUUUGUGGGGAGAAACGGUCUGAUGCAUGAUUCGCCUCAACGGAAGGCGACAUUGCAAAAGAUGCGUGAGGCGAUGAGUGCUCAUAAUGAGCGUGACGGAGAGAAGAUGGUGUUCGAGAGCCUGGUCGACGACCGGGCCGCUGGAUUCGGUCGCUGGCUCGUUCAUUCCAUCGCAUCCUAUUACGGCCUGCACACUUGGUCCAUCACCGUGGGAGAACCUGCCCGUCGUGAGGCGUACGUUGGAUUCCACCCGCCAACUCCGGGUAGUCGAGCAGGACUGGUAUCCCAACCGACUGGACCGAAGGCCUGCCACGGGGAUUCUCUGAUCCAGCCCGGCGACGAAUUGCCUCAGCCUCUCUGGACGCAGGUGUGAGCCAUUGGGUCACUAUCUCAUCAUCUAGAUCACAUCUAGAUUUAGAUUUCUUCGAUUUAUCGACCUAGCCGCGCUGUAUCGGCUCAAGGGUAGGUUUCGGGUUGAUUGUAAUACUCCAUGUAAUAGAAAUUGUCUAGUCUGGAGUUGUAGGAUAGACGAAUGAUUGAUUUCGG